UUUAGAACACCGAUUACUCAUUUCGCAAUGAUUAUCCGGGAAAAAAGCAAAUAAAAAUCAGAUGGCUGCCAUAAACAAGUAAGGUAGUGUCAACGGUCCUACGAAUCGGGAGCUUCAAACCAUAAAUCAUUACCGCUUGCAUCGUUAACUUUCGUGAAACGAUACCUUGCUGAAUAGCAGUCAUAAGUGCUGUUGGCUUUAAGUCUAUCUGGAUUUAAUUAUUCCAACAGAAUAAUCCGUUCACUUAUGACGAAUAGUGGAGUGCUGCGCUAUUGUCGUCAGACCUGUCUUCACAGAGAAAUGUUUGGAGUAAUGCAAACAAAUGACAGGAAACGGUGAACUGCAAUCAUGAAACCCAGGACUGUUUUAUUGUGCACAUUAUGACGGACAAUGGUAUUACUGAAGAUUAGACAUCUUUGCUUGCGCUUUUUUGUUGCAAUAACUGUCCUGACAGGGAUAAUUUAUUACACUCAAUAUAUUAAGAGCAAUAUAAAGGACUUGAUCAAAUAUACUGCUGUAACGGAUUAUCAUUCUGAUAUCACCGACGGCAAUUUUCGCUUGGAAAAAAAAGAACUGGAGUAUUUGAAGCAACUCGACCAUUUAUUUUGGCUUUGUGAUAUCAUUCCCGAUAAAUAUGUCUUUGGGACAUAUGAUAAUUUAGAAAACCCGGUAGCAAUCGGAAACAUUAUUCUUUAUCGAAUGGUAAAUUCGUCAAAUGAAGAUUAUGUAAAAUUUGUGCGAGAUGAAGAUCUGCGAGCUGCUUACGGUCUAUACGCAGUUAAGAAGCAUGUAUUCGAACGAGAAACGUGGGUACCAGCAAACAAGGAAGAAUUCUUCCGGAAAUGGAGCAAUGGAAGGUUCCUCGAUUGCAUCAAGUUGAAUGUUUCGAGUAGUUGGAAUAAAUCAGUGAUUCCUGAUGAUUAUGUCAACAAUAUGGCUGGAUUUCGGGACUUUCUGGAAUCGUACGCAUCAACGCCGUUUCUUUUCGGCGGCACUCUUCUUGGUUGGUACAGGGAAUGUUCCUUUAUCAGAGAUACUACGGAUGUUGAUAUGGCGAUGAAAAUUACCUCUCUAGAUCUAAGGAUGUUGAAAAAUAUGGAGAAGUCGGAAGAUUUCAAACUUUUUUGGAUCCUCGGAAAAGUUAACGACUCAUUAGAACUAAGCGUUUAUUCGGCAAACAUCAAAAUAGAUUUAUUCUUCCUGUACGAAAACAAGGAUUCCGCUUGGGUAGGUGGAAUGAUAGUCAGUAAAAGGAAGAAAUUUCGCUGGAUUUAUCCACCCAUUUCACAGAUUUGUACAGGAGCUUUACUGGGAAGAUUAUUUCAUGUGCCUUGCAAUGUUGAAGAAGUACUAAAGGCGGAUUACGGUAACUGGCGAGUACCUCAUCCAACAGCGAAUUUCACUUGGUAUGAAUCACAUAAAAAUGUCCAUGAAGCUGGCUACUGGAGUGAGACUGAAUGGAAUGAUACUUACAAGGUAUUCUGAGUUCCAACAGAAUUCCAACAAAUAGUCUCCAACAGAAUUCCAACAAAUAGUCUCCCAAUUACAUUUGUAUGAUAAUAUUGCUACACUAUUAGUGGUGACAAAAUUCAAGACUGGAGGAAUAAUUCAACUAUGUUAUGCAAAAUAUAAUAAGUUUUUUUGUUAACAAUACAAAUUAUUACAAAUUUUAUGUUGUGUUGAUUAUGGUUUUGAAUACAGUUCAAUUUCUUUUGAACUUAAUGGAUGAAUAUCACAUAUCGUUGCAAAUCUUAUGAUACCCUACCAUUAAUUCUUGUGUACUAGUAGAAGAGAGUUCCAUAAGUUGCUUAGUUCUAGCUUGGCUUGAAAUAACAAUCAAUCCUCCCAAUGAAGUAAAUUUCAUCAGAUUCUUUCUCUAUUAAAUUAGCUUCUUCCUAAAUGUAUUUCUGUCACUUACAGAGAAGUUUUUUAAUGUUCUGCGCGAUGUUGAAGUAUUGAACAAUGUGAAAGAUUGAAAUGAGCGAGAAAUUAACAGUUAUUUAAAAAUUAAAAGAAAAUUAUAGAAAUGUUU